AUGCUCCAGCAGCAGAUCAACAACGCACAACUGGCUGCAGUGCAACAGGUCAAGGCCACAUUAGCUGCGAGCCGCCAGUCCAGUCCGUCCAGCAGCAGCUCCACUCAGACCACCAGCACCACAUCCGCCAGCACCACUUCUGGAACGAGCUCCGCCCCCAGCAGCAGCCGGCCAGUCAACGCGUCCACCACGUCCACCAUCAGCCAAUCAGUGCUGUUCAGUGGAGCGGCAGGAGGACAGGGACAGAUGUAUCUAAGGGUGAACCGGUCUCUGCGUUCACCCAUCUCUCCUCAGCUCAUCUUUAUGCCCAGCUCCACCGCGACUGCUGCAGUGGCAACAGUCACCCAGCAACCACAGCAGCAACACCAAGAAGUGAACGCGUCUGGCGGAGCCCAGGACCACGAGCAGGCACAGAACUUAGCCAUCCGAAGUGCACCCACUCCAAAAGCUGUGGGAGUCAAAACAGAAGCACCGGACCGAGGAGACUCUGCUCCCUUCUCCCUGGUGCAGCCGUCUCACCAAUCCACCACACAGUCCCCGUCCAAACCUGUCCAGUCCCACAUCAAGAUCCCCACGUACCCGAAAGCUCAGACCUCCUCCUCCACCUCCUCCAUCCCCCUGUCCCAGCUGCUACUCCAUGGUCCUCGGACUCCAGCUGGCGCCCACAUCCUGGUGCAGACCUCCUCCUCGCAGACGCACGGCUACACGGCGACCAUCAAACCUGCGGUGAACGCACAGACGCUGGUGGUGCAGCCGCUGCAGAAGAGCGCCCUCGGUGCACACAAAACAGGUGACGGUCCACACCUUCUCUCUGCUCAGCUUGCCUCUCGUCAGCCGUUGCACAAAAGCACCUUGAGUGCAGAGAAACCUGUUCCCAUCCAACCUAAGACCCUGCAGGGCCUGAGACUCCCCCUCACCCUCCCCUCCAGAAACCCUCCCCCCAUCCUUCCAGCCCCUCCUACCUCCACCAGCUCCUCCCACCAGACCCCCCACAUCCCUGUGCAGAUCGUGGGGGCUCGUCCCAGCUCCCAGGCCCUGGCUCUGGCCCGCAGCAGCUGCAGCCAGGAGGGGGCAGUCCUGAGCAGCUCGUCCAGCCUCCUCACCAUGGUGGCAUCUCUCGCAUCCAGGGAGAGCGGAGUGGUGGGGCGGUUAGAGGGCCGUGGUGUUGGGCUGAAGACGCUGCAGUCGGUGAAAGAGGCCGCCCCAUUGGCUCAGGUGUCGCAGAAGUCCAGCGCUUCACCGGCGUCGCGGCUGUCAGCGGCAACGGACGAAAAACGAACUGUGACCAAUGGGGACACGGCAAGAAGCCACAACACACAGGGAAAGCAGUUGGUAAAUUCUCUCAAAAGAAAAUCUGAGUCAAUUUCAACUCAUGAAGACGGACCCACUCCUCCACGACUCCAGCCAAUCAGAGACCAAGGCUCUACACAGCUGACCAAUCAGACAGAAACAGACACCUCCCCCCUACCUCCCCCUCGCCCUCCCUCGGUGGUUCCACUCCUCUCUGUCUCUCGCGGUGGUGUUCAAUCAGAGCGCGGGCCCCCCCCUCAGGCCGUGGUCAAACCCUCGGUCCUUACGCACCUCAUCGAAGGCUUUGUGAUCCAGGAGGGCGCCGAGCCGUUCCCUGUCUGUGGGCCAAUCAAAGAUGCUGCAGGAGAGGAGCUUGUGAGUGAGAGCAUUGAGAACGACCAGUCAGAAACCGCAACCCCAGUGCUAAAGUGUGAGUAUUGUAAAAACUUUGCUCCGGAGAGCCAGUUCAGAGGCACCAAACGUUUCUGCUCCAUGUCCUGCGCAAAGAGGUACAACGUGAGCUUCAGACAGGGCAACAGACAGAACCAGAACCAGGCCCGGAGCAAAGACAGAGACCGAAACUUACGAGAAGAGAAGGUCCUCUCAGAGGAGGAAGGGAGGACCGUGAGGAGGAGAGUCCCGCGGAGAACCAGCUCUGAAAUUGCCAGCGCCAAGAUUGCAGGACGAGCCGCACAAGACAAGUGCGGUUCGGAGUCCAGUCGCUCUGAGGAAGAGUCCAGUGCCGACGAGGAAGAAGACGACGCCAUGACACCUUCUCCAGCGUCCUCCACUUCCUCUCACCAAGUCCCACCCCUUCCUACUGCACAGGCCCUGCCCCCUCAGCCACAGGUCCCUCCCCCUGCACAGACUCCGCCCUCCACAGCCCCCACCUGCCCCACGUCCAGCCCAACUCAGUGGAGCGUCCAGCAAGUCUCACAGUUCAUCUCCUCUCUGCAAGGCUGUGAGGACCUGGCGUGUCAGUUCCUCUCUCAGGAGAUCGAUGGUCAGGCUCUGCUGCUGCUGAAGGAGGAACACCUGAUGUCCACCAUGAACAUGAAGCUGGGACCAGCGCUGAAAAUCUGCGCUCACAUCAACUCCCUGAAGGACUGA